ACAUUACCUCCUGGCGCACCGUGGAUGGGGAUUUUGAUUAUCAGAUAUACUGGAGCAAUAUUGUAGACUUUUUUGAGAAUGCCCCAGGUCCGGCUGCACGAGGAAGGGUGAACGAACUUCUUGAGUGGUGGACCAGAAAGGUUUUCGGGAAGAAUCACCGACAGGAUUUGACGCCAGAUGUUGUUUCGCGAAUGUCUGUCAGUGCUCUUGCUACUCAGAGGCAGGAGAAGGAGGAUGCUGUAUUUGACUCCGACUAG